UUUGACAGACAAAUUGACCACAAAACAGAAGGCCUUUUAGCAGUGCGCGUGAAACUGAUCUGCAGCAGCGACCGCAGAUUAGGCGCUUUCAGAGCUCUCUCUUUUCACUGCCGAAUCCACACUUUGAUCAGUUCCAUCCAAAAUCCCUUCCAUUUGCUCGGUCUUUUCAAAUCCAAUAAUCCACCCCCCUUUUCUAUCCCAUAAUUCCUUCUCGUUUUUUCUGAAACGAAUCAUUUUACCUUUGCGUCAAGACAUGUAAAUAGUAACACUAAAAAGCGAAAAAAAAACCUCCUCUUUUUAUCUGCUCAUCUCUUUGCUGUCAUUUUCUCGCUGCUCUUCUUUGGCACUCCAUUAUUUGUCGGUGGUAAGAAAAAUGAAUGAACAAACGGGGAAAACGCCGUCAUCUCUGGCUAUAACGGAGAAGAAGCCUCAUAGGUCUGGUGGUUGUGUUGGCAUUUUCUUUCAACUCUUUGAUUGGAACAAAAGAUUUGCGAAGAAGAAACUUUUCUCGAGAAAAUUACUCCCUCCUACUCGUACCAAAGCUUCAAAGAGCUUUGGAGGAGAUGAAAAAAUGCCCAAAUCCAAGCUGCAUUUGAUUGCUGAUGAGAACAGUGGGGGUUUUCCAAAUGUGAAGAAAAAUGGUAAACAUUUUAGUAGUGAAGUGGAUCAAAAGCAUGAAAUGAAAGCUCCUGGUUUGAUUGCUAGGCUAAUGGGAUUAGAAUCCAUGCCAGCUUUGAAUAGAGAUAAGUCUCAUAAGAAAUCCAAGAUUUUAGGUAGUAAUCCUGAUGUUAAAGAUGAGAAAAUUGUGAUUUCUCAAUGUGGGAACAGUGGGAAAGAUUUGGAUUUAGCUAAGAGUAGCUCGAAAAUCGAGCCUCGACCUCAGAAGAUUCAGAAAAUAGAGCCAUAUGAUAGACGGAUGGUCACUAGAUUUGGAGCUGAGGCAUUACAAAUUAAGAGUGUUCUGUUGCGAUCAAAGAAGCAUCAUCAUCAUCAUCAAAAGUUUGUUUCUCCGAUUAAGAGUCCAAGGAUUUCUUCUGCGCGCAAUGCCUCUAGGACAUCUAGGUUGAUCGAUGCAGCUGCAAAAAUUUUGGAACCAGGGUUGCAAGCUACUAGUAAAGCGAAAUAUACUCUUGCUUAUCCAAGUCCUACUUCUUAUUCAAGUAAGAAUGAGGUUGUAACUGAGGCAAUUGUUUCACCAGAUAUGUUGGAACAAUCUGCUUGUAAUGUUAGUGCUGGUAAGUCUUUGGUUGGCCCAACAUCAUGCAAGAACUGUGGCAAUUUGCUCGAUGUUGUGGAGUCUAGAGCAAAGUUGGAGGAUCAGCAGUUUGUUUGUCUGUCCUCUGUGCCAAAUUUUGUAGAUGCUUCUUUGCAUGGAUUAGAAAAGAGUUGGCCAAGGUCUUCCCUGAUCUUGUUCGAUCAAGGGAAAGAGGUAACUUUUCAGAGAAGCCACGACCAACCAUUAUCUUUUACUGGUCAAGAAGAGGACAUUGUUCAGUCUGGUAAUGAACCUGGUACAUUUAGAAGAGACGCUAGAGCUCAAGCUCAAUGGCAUUCAACAAGCCAACCUGGAAAAUUUCAAAAGAAUGAAAAGCCUCCUGUUGGUUUCAAGCUGAGGAAUCAAAGUCAGAAUCAUACAUCGUUAGACAGGGAUAGAAUCCCGGCAAAGGCUAAACUAAGUACUCUUCGAAGUAGGAAAGCUGCUUCUGGUGCAAAUGCUGUUGGUGGGGUCAAAGAUUUUGUUGCCCUGAACAGAAGCUUAAGUAGUCACACCCGACAUAGAGUGCCAGUCAAAGUGGAUAGCUCUCCUAUUGACAUUGAGAGAAAAUCUUGCAGUGGCCAAGAUGAUUCCUUGUCUCAGUUAAGGUCUCCGGUAAGAAAGAGGAGAACACAUAGUGUUAAUGGGCAAGCUGAAACUGAAGGUUUCAUCAAUCCAGCAAUUGGAAAAGAAAGAAACAGUAAAUGCAAACCAGUGACUAGACGAGAAGUGGUACAUGGAGCUUGUAGUGUAGAUCAGACAUGUUCUAAAAGCAGAUCAACGUGCCGAGAAACUGGUAAGGGAGCCAAGGAAAAAAAUGAUACAGAUAUUAUUUCUUUCACAUUCAGUUCUCCAUUAAAGCAAAAGCAUAGCAUUUCCACAGAACUGAAGGAUAAAAGAAAGGACCAAAAUGAAAGCAUUGCCCUCCAAAGAAGUGAAAUGAUGGAAAACCAUUAUGGAGAAAUAUCUUUGCCGAAGAACUUGCCACUAACAGGAGAUGCUUUAAGUGUUCUUUUGGUACAAAAGUUGAAGGAAUUGACUUCUCAAGAGGAGGAUGAGCAGAAAACUGGCUGUACUCUACCAAAGAGAUCAACUGCCAUGAUUCUGCAGGAGCUAAUUUCUGCUUUAACUUCAGGGAAGGCUAACUCUCGGAAUGGUCACCUUUUCAGUUCAGAUAUUGGUUCCAAGACUGAAGCAAAGGCUGAAGGGACUUUAGUCGGGUUUACUAGCCAUGGUGAUCAUUUUAGCCCUGGUUCUGUUCUUGAAGCUUCAUUUUCGAACGAUAGUUGUGUUUCCAGCAGCCUUGACGAAAGCUUAGGACAUAGGUUACAACCAGAUUCCAUGGGUUACUUGUACAAUGAACCACAACCAAUGGAACCCGAUGCGGAUCUUCUGGAUUCUGCAACUUCAUUGGACAAAGUGACAAAUGUUAGUGAGAUGAUCAUCGAUCUUGUCCACCGAAUAUUUGUUUUGAUGCAUGUUGUCAGUAACUUUGCUUUUGGAUUAUCCGAUGACAAGCUUAUCCAUUGUAAGGAGGUUAUCUUAAAAGCUGAACUGUUGUUUGGAAAUUUGACUCCCUGGGAUUUGGAUGGGACAGAUGAUUUUUUCUUGGCACCCUAUAUACACGAAGAAGUUGAAACUCUUGUAGCUGCCAUGGGGGUAGAUUUUAAGUCUGUUCUUGGUAUCGAACAGAUCAAAGAAAACUAUCAGCUUAGAGGAUUUCUUUUUGACUGUGCAAUAGAGUGUAUAGAUUCCAAAUACAGUCGUUAUUGUAACUCCGGAUUCAGAGCAUGGAGAAGUCUUCCAUAUUGCAUGAACUCAGGAAAGCUGAUUCGAGAUGUUGCAGAUGAAGUUAGAAAGUGGACAAAACUGGCUGGGAUGGUGCCUGAUGAACUAAUAGAAUGGGAGAUGAGUUAUUCACUUGGGAAAUGGACAGAUUUUGAUAUCGAGGCAUACGAAACUGGUGCUGAAAUGGGCUGGGAUAUUGUUCAAACUUUAGUUGACGAAAUGGUAGACGACCUGGUUUCCUCUUGAAUUGCAUACAUGCCGCAUGAUCUGGUGCUGAAAUGGGCUGGGAUAUUGUUCAAACUUUAGUUGACGAAAUGGUAGACGACCUGGUUUCCUCUUGAAUUGCAUACAUGCCGCAUGAUCUGUGAGUAUCUUUUGUAAAUCAUGAUGACAUGCUAUCUCACUAAAUUAUAUUUUCCAUUUCUGAUAAAAAAACAAGCUGGUAAAUUUGUAAAAAUGGGUCAUAGAUGGGAACCAUGUUACUCUGACUUUUUCAUUCCCCUCGAAUUAUCUGUGUCCCGAGUAACAUAGGAAGGGAUGGAGGAUGGUAUUUCUGCUCGGGGCCAUUGGAGUUAUUGUAUAUUGAGCAUUUGUACCUGUAUAAUCUUUCAUCUUCAAUGUAACUUUUAACUCUUCUGUAACAAA